GAGGGAGGAGGCGCGCCGCGCCAUGGUGUCCUGCGCGGGGCCGGGGCCGGGGCCGGGGCCGGGCCAGGCCGGGCCAUGAGCCGCGCCGGGAGCUGGGACAUGGACGGGCUGCGGGCGGACGGCGGGGCCGCCGGGGCGGCCCCAGCCUCCUCUUCCUCCUCCUCCUCCGUGGCGGCGGCGGCGCCCGGCCAGUGUCGCGGCUUCCUCUCGGCGCCGGUGUUCGCCGGGACGCACUCCGGGCGCGCGGCGGCGGCGGCGGCGGCGGCAGCGGCGGCGGCGGCGGCGGCGUCCGGCUUCGCCUACCCGGGGACCUCGGAGCGCGCGGGCUCCGCCUCGUCGUCGUCGUCUUCGGCUGUGGUCUCGGCGCGCCCGGAGGCUCCCUCGGCCAAAGAGUGCCCUGCGCCCGGGGCGGCCGCUGCAGCGCCCCCGGGCGCCCCAGCUCUGGGCUACGGCUACCACUUCGGCAACGGCUACUAUAGCUGCCGCAUGUCGCACGGGAUGGGCUUACAGCAAAAUGCUCUCAAGUCGUCGCCGCACUCCUCGCUGGGAGGAUUCCCGGUGGAGAAGUACAUGGACGUGUCGGGCCUGGCGAGCAGCAGCGUACCGGCCAACGAGGUGCCGGCGCGAGCCAAGGAGGUGUCCUUCUACCAGGGCUACACCAGCCCCUACCAGCACGUGCCGGGCUACAUCGACAUGGUGUCGACCUUCGGCUCCGGGGAGCCUCGGCACGAGGCGUACAUCUCCAUGGAGGGCUACCAGUCCUGGACGCUGGCCAACGGGUGGAACAGCCAGGUGUACUGCGCCAAGGACCAGCCACAGGGCUCCCACUUUUGGAAAUCAUCCUUUCCGGGGGAUGUGGCUCUAAAUCAGCCAGACAUGUGUGUCUACCGUCGUGGGAGGAAGAAGAGGGUGCCCUACACCAAACUGCAGCUCAAAGAACUGGAGAACGAGUAUGCCAUUAACAAGUUCAUUAACAAGGACAAGAGGCGGCGGAUCUCGGCUGCCACGAACCUAUCCGAAAGACAAGUGACCAUUUGGUUUCAGAACCGGAGAGUGAAAGACAAGAAAAUCGUCUCCAAGCUCAAAGACACUGUGUCCUGAUGUGGGCCAGACUGGCCACAGCGCGUUUAAAUGCUUUCCGUCGUCUCCGAAAGACCUUUGGAAAGACUUGAAUAUGUAUUUAAUUCCCUCCACCCCCUGCCAGUAAUGGCACAUUUUGUGAAUUGUUUUUUCUCUCUUCCCCUUAUCUUGCUCUAAAACUUUUUGCUAUCCAACCUGACUUUGUAGUUCUGUUUCUGUUUCUUACUUGUUUAAUAUUGAUUUUGUUCUUUUCUAGGUUUAUUUUUUAUGACUUUUUAAUGUUCUGUUUCUCCCUCCAGGCCAGUAUAAAGGACUUGAAGUAUUUUUGAAUACCCUCCCCCACCCCAAUGAAUUUCAGAAGUGCCAUUCUGAUUUUAGGGAUUUAUUUUUUUUUAAAUCACUUUAAAUGCCUAUUUCCAGCACUGAUUAUCUUCAUAAUCCAUUAGGGCAAAAAGUUUGCAGUCAUUCAUAUCCUGUGACUGGGUAAUUGAAUAAUUACCUCUCAGCAAUUGCCCUGAAGCAAGUGAAAACAGCUCUGGGCAGGCAGUGCUCCAGGGUCACUGGAAGUGUCUAGAAACAGGAGGCUGGAGGUACUGCGAUGGCCUUAAAAGCAGCUACCUUAUUAAAUAGGGUUUGUAUUGGGAUGAAGACAAUCUAUUCGACUUUGGGUCUUUCACUUGCUGUUGUAGUUGUAUGUGUUUAAUACACCUUGUAGACCUGUGCUUUUAUAAUCUUUAAUUUGAAAAUAAUGUGUCCUUGUGGAUGCCUUUAUUACCCCAGCUCUAGAUGCAAAUAUUUCAAUGGCUGCAAUUGUCAGAGGUAUCUAAAUGUGGAUGAUCUAAAUGCAACCCUCUCCUUGGCUUCCGGUCUGUGGGACUAGAAUUGAGGCCAUCUCCUCCAUCCCCAGAAGAAAGGCUAAAUUAAUAUGACCGUGAGUGGGAAUUUUUACCCAGAACCCAUUGAAGAAUUUGACUACCUGAAGAAAUGUAUUGGGCCUCUCUCAGAGCUAUGCAACAUCUAACAAAUGCAAAAGUUGUGGAGCUUUAAGGUCCAAGAAGAAGAAGAAGAAAAAAGGAUGUUUCUGAAAGUGAUAACUACUUUUAAAGUGCUGCAUAUUUAUGUGACUGAGAGAUUAUUUUUGUAGAUGAAAUGUCUGUGAGCUGGGAUACAUGAGCAGUGCUUCAGGCAUUUAAAUAUCACUUUUUACUCCUAGGGAGAUGCAAAUAAACAGAACUCUCUUAUUUCCUCUGAGUCUUUAUACAUUUGUUUUCUUUUCCAAGCUUAUGUUGCCUCUAGAAACUAUUCUUAUUUAUUAUAAAAUUUUGUUAUCCAAAUCACUAUGAUGUUUCCUAUGGGUGAUGAAAGCUCAACACCAUUUCUGGAAACCCCCUCCUCUCCACUUCGGCCACUCCUCCCCCCUUUCCCAUGGCUUUAAUAUAAAUAGUGAUGACUUUAAAUGAGGAUAUAACUUGUGGUGUCUAAAAUGAUAUUUUUUUACCAGACCACCUCAAAAACAUCUCCAAUAAAAUUUUACUUCUCUUUGAACAU